AUGACAGGGACUCAGCCAGGCAUAGCAGCAGGGAAUAAGCCAGCAGACCCUUUGGAGGCUCCACAGUUGCCACAGCCCAUGGGGAAUGGGGAAGAAAGUCAGCGUUAUCAGCAAGGGAUGUGGCCAUCGGAGUGGCCCCUGACCCCUGGGGCCUGCAGCUCCCUGUCAGGACUCCUGGAGCUUUCUCUGUCCUGGGCUCAGGGUGUGAGCAGACCACCAGGGAGCAGGGCAAGACCACGGAAAUGCAUCUCCCACGGCAGUCAGAGCACGUCACGCGUCCCGGAGAGCGGGUGGUCAGUGCUGGUGCCAUCUGACCUGUGGUUUGUCUCCAUUCUUAAGCAUGGCCCUCCCAGGCUUCUGGUGGAGACUCUGCCGGGCCUGUGUCCUCAGCCUGCAGGAUGUGGGAGGUUUGGCUCUGCCCACUGGUGUCCAUGUGCUUCACUUUCAAGCUUCCACCAGCUACUUGUGCCGCUCCAGAAGCUGGCAAGUGUCUUCAGAGCUGGAUCAAAGCUGUGUCUGAAGCAGGCCUCCUUCCUCUGCAGGGAUGUGGUUCCCGAAAACCUUGAGACUGACGGAGGCUUCACUCUCCCUUCUUUAGGUCCCUCCCAGGUUAUCAUCACUCACCUCCUGACCCAAAACUCAGCAUCAGUUCCAUGUGGGAAGAGGAGCAUGUGCUUGUGGCUUUGUGAGUUUCCAGCUGGUCCAAAGAUUUUUACUGGAUUUGUCUUCCCAGAGCUGAGUCACUGUGUAGGCCAAACCUGUCCCUUCCUUAUGCCUGGAUUUGUCAAGUACCCCAGAGAAGAAAGGACUCCGGCUGUGGGAGGGUUUUUCCAUCUCUGGAAUCCCAGCCCUUAUUCUAUUCACAGCUCUCCAAUGUAUUUUGAGAAUGACGAUUGCAACCCUGGGAGCAUUUGAGGGCCACAGUCUAACUUGGCCCCCUCUGGUACCGGAAGCCCUCUGGUGGUGGUUGCAUUUAUCUGCAUCCUGACUCAUUACUGAGCGUUUUCCAAAUUUGUUAUUUUUAUUAUUUAUUCUCUAAAAUUGCCAGAUGAUAUGAUGGAUGCUAUCAUAUCAUCUAUUGACUUUGCAUCUUCUUUUAAUUAUAAUACUCUAAUUGUUUAAUCUUUUCUAAUUGCACUGAUGAAUGCUCCUGACUGAAUUUCAAAUAGUGGUGGGGGUGCUUUUGACAUUUUUCUUCUGUAAGAUAUUGGCUUGAAGAGAUUACAUAUUUUCUUAAAUAUCUUUAAUUAAGAGAGGAUAUAUAAUUUAUUCAAGGAUGUUUUCAAAUAAUGUACAUUUCCUCAUGAUAUAUCAAUUAAUAUGAUUAAUUCCCUAAUAUUUAAUUAUCAUAGAAUUCUUGGACUAAAUCCUACUUUGUUAUAGUGAAUUGUUUUCUGAAUGUGCUGUUGGGUACUAUUUCUUUUUUUUUUUUUUUU